UGCCGUCCAGCUGCUUUCACAACACCAUGCGUGGAUCGUUCGCAAAACUACUGCGCUAUCUUUCUCGAAAAGCUAGAAGCAAUGAGGAUAGCCUUUCUUGCCCUUGCAGUGGUCGCCGUCGCAUUCGUAUGCCUGAAAAUACAGAUUGCUGGAGGAGUGCGUAUGAAGGUACCCCGCCUUAAGCUACCCAAGGCUUCAAGAUUUCGUGUUCCUAAAGUAAAGAUAUCACGUAUGCACAUGCCGAAAGUUAAGGUUCCCAGAGCAAAGCUCCCACGUGUGCGUAUGCCCGGGAUAAAAAGUGUGGGAAAAGCUAUAACACACGGAGCAACUGGAGCAGUAAAUGCUGUAAGUCAACUUGGAAAUACGGGGGCCGCUAUAGCACAAGCUGUGCUGAGUAAUCAGAACCAGAAUAAUCAAACUUCCAGCCGCUGAGGAUUUCUACAUUUGC